AAACUGUCCAAGUUCGGUCGCACAGGUUUGCACAAUAGAACGUGCCCUUCUUGUAUCGCUCUGCCUGCGGAUGUAACGUCGGUUUUCUUGGCCAUAUCAUUCGCAUAUCGGUCGGAACCGCUCACUCGCAUGUCUGAGCCUACGCUAAACCUUUCCUAGAAUUCGCAUCCAUAUCUGUUCAUGGACCCUCUGUCUGGAACCUCGACUUUGUCAUGUGUGUCUAAGUACGUUGUUAUCCUCAGGCCCAGACCGAUUAUAGCCGGUCAAAGCAUAAUGUCAAACUCUUGUCGAUCACUUUGGCCUCUCUUUGACCUUCAUUGUGGCCCUCGGCGCUAUGACCAUGUCGUGGGUUGGCAUUCCAAAAUGCAUAAAUUGGACGCCCCAACCCGGCCACUCUCGCACAUAUUCUCGUUCCCCCUUGCCACUCAACCAUAUCCACAUCUCUAAGUCCCCACAUACCACUAUAUACUUUCACGAUGCAGCGCAUCCGCAAACUUUCAAAUGACCUUUUUGGCAAUUCAAGCCAGAAGAAAGAAACUUCUCGAUCGCACAAGCGAUCCCCUAGUAUCGACCGCAUCCGCACUGGCCCUGACAACCAAGUCAACAAAAAUGCCAUUCGAUACCCCUUGAUCGAGUCCUUACCUCGUGAUCGUCUCAAGGAGGAGCCUAAACCUCUCACCAAGGAUGACUACUUUCCUGGUAUGUCACCUGAAGACCGAGCUGCAGCCAUCAUGACGAAACGCAGUCAAGAGCGUGAUGCGAAAAAUGGAUUUUCUAGACCUUCUCAAGACAAGGCUCGAGCUGAUCAUGCUCGAGAACGCAACUUUAGCUCUGCUGCUAAUGAACAUGGGCUAGACUAUGUUGCAGCUACUGGCCCCACUACCGUCAGGAGACACGGCGCCUAUCGACGGACAGCUUCUUCUAGUAACUUGCCCAAUCCUGCGGAAGAACGUCCUAGGGCUGAUUUGUUCCGCUCCAAUACGGAUACUCAAGCUCAGGCUUCAAGACCUUCCAGGGGGAUAGGACCUCCUAGAGGACUGAGGCCCCGACAAGUCAUAGGAGCUCUGUCUUCUUCUAACGCUUCUUCUACUCCUGUUGCUGGCACUGGGAGUAUGACUACUACAACUACUGGAACGCAUAAGAGAUCUGCACCUGGUAACAACUCGAGAAGUCUUGACCAGGUGGUCUUCAAUGUCUUCAAACCUGUCUUUCCUAGUUUCAGUUCUUCGAAACAACCUGCGUCCAAGGCUCCAGAUAAGACUAGCUCGGGUGUCCCUUUCCCUGAAUGGGAGAACCCAGAACAAACUGCAGCAGAGGCGGCUAGAGUGAAAGCUAAGAUGGAGCGUGCUAAAGCUAUCAAGGCUACUGACUUGGCUGCUAUGUCUCCGCUUGAGACUCUGGCGAAGUCUUACACGGAACUAGGUACUCAAUCUCAAGCUCGGGCUCAACCUGAGUCUCAGAAUCGACCUCAAGCUCGGUCUCCACCUAGGUCUCGGACUCAUGAUCACCCUCCGGCCAAAGGAUUCUCAAAUCCUUUUGGACCGUCACCUCCUUCUUCACCCCCACCUGAAGUCCAACGUCCAGUCAAAUACGACUCCAAUGGCAAUCCCCGUAGACCCUCGGGAUCCCGAGUUGUCGAAGUCGAUUAUCAUGACCUUAAACGACCGCCGGCGAUGCAUCAACAGGUUUCUCGUUUACGUCCUACUAUCACCGAAGUAGAGAAUCGCAAGUCUAUCGUACCAGAAGUUGAUAACCUUUUGGGAAGUCCUUUGAGCAUCGGACCAAGGAGUAGUCGUGAUCGCGAUAGUCGUGAUAGGAAGGAUGGAAGGGAGAGGAGGGAGCGGAAGGAGAGAUUCGCGGCGAAAGAUGAGAAACCCCUCCCUGUUUUACCGCCGUUGAUGAUCUCGACUAUGCCCACCACGAAACCUUUAAAUAUUCCGAAUAAAGGUUUAGGUGGGUCUAGUACCUCGAGAAACCAGCGAUUGUGAAAUCGACCCUUUGAAGAUUAGCGAUUUACCUUCUACGACUUUUCGUACUGCGUGUUUUGCAUUGACUUCAUUCCCUGAUUAUGAUCUUGAACGACCUGUAUAACGACAUUCAUUUAUGUUUCAUAAUUUAUUCUUUCCCUUGCUAUUUGUAGCAUAUGUCACUGCUUGCUUUUGAUUUUUGUAUCAUCGUCGUCAUUCCUUCAUUAACGAGCUUAUUAAAUCACACUUGAUAG